AUGGCGAAUGUAACGGAUGGUCCAGAUGCAGUACUUGUAUGCUCUAAUGAUAUUUUAAACAUGAGAGCUGCAAAACCUAUAAGAAAUGACUCCACCCUUCAAGCAGUUUUUCAAAAGAUGGACAGUGGAUCGAUAAAUAACAUUUAUCAUCUCCAAAAGCAAAACGCCAGCACGACUGUCCUUGAAUUCAACGCCACCAGACCUCAGAGUGGAAGUUCAUUAGGAAAGCACAGAAGAGCGUUCGUUUGCUUGCUGGUUGCGAUGGUCUGCCUCGUGUUAAUGUAUUUCCUAAGGCAGCCUUGCAAUCCUAACAAAUACAAGGAAGAUGAUGGUAACAUUGCUGUUGCAGUUGAGUGA